AUGAUGCAGCAUAACUCCAAAGGAGUCAAGAUGAUAUGUGCUGACAUCCAGGCCCUGGCUGUAUGGUGGUCUGCUCCUCGUGGACCCUUCUUCCAGGACCAAGACCUUGCAAAGGUCAACGGUCGAAUGAAUGACAUCUGUCCUUCAAGAAGUCCCGCCUCCUGGCUCCCUCUCCCCUCCUUCAGCCGCCGCCUAAUCCCCCCGUGGACCAGUUCUUCAAGACCUGACUCCUUUCAAAGAGCCAUAAAUCCCAGCAGCCAAAGAAGACAAAGAGCUGUUUGUCGUGCCGACGCGAGGAUUCUAGCGCUCGGAGACGGAUUCUUCUUCAGAUGUGCGCUCAGCGCCCAACAGCUGCUGGCCGGAGCCAGCAAACACUCCGUCGGCCAAUCCGUGACGCAAACGUUUCCAUGUGGCCCGGAGUGGCAGACGGUGCCAGCGCCCCAGGCGAGGAUCCUCAAGUGCUGCUUGUUUUCCCUGGAAGGGCUGGCGGCGCUGACAGCGGCUCCAGGAAACGUCCCACACAGCCGGCCACAGCAGGCAGCAGAUGGAAAAGGCAGAGCCCUUCUGGGGCGAGGCGUGGAGGAAGAAGACCACGGCCUUACAGGAAAACAAGACGACCAAGAAGAACAAGACGGACUAGAAGAAAAACUAGAAGAACAAGAACAAGACGAAGGAGAAGAAGAACUAGAAGAAGAAGAACUUGAAGAAGAAGAACUAGAAGAAGAAGAAGUUGAAGAACUAGGAGAAGAACUAGGAGAACAACUAAAAGAACAAGAAGAACUAGAAGAACAAGAAGAACUAGAAGAACAAGACAAACUAGACAAACUAGAGGAACAAGACGAACAAGGAGAACAAGGAAUAACUAGAAGAACAAGAAGAAGUAGAAGAACAAGAACAAGAAGAAGUAGAAGAACAAGAACAAGAAGAAAAAGACGAACAAGACAACAAACUAAAAGAGGAACUAGAAGACGAACUAGAAGAAGAGCUAGAAGAAAAACUAAAAGAAGAAUAAGAAGAAGAAGAACAAGACGAACUAGAAGAAAAACUAGAAGAACAAGACAAACGAGAAGAAGAAGAACUAGAAGAACAAGAAGAGCUAGAAGAAGAAGAAGAGCUAGAAGAAGAACUAGAAGAGGUAGAAGAACUAGGAGAAGAACUAAAAGAACUAGAAGAACAAGACGAACAAGAAGACGAACAAGGAGAACAAGAAGAGCAAGAACAAGUAGAAGAACAAGACCAAGAAGAACAAGACAAACUAGAAGAAGAGCUAGAAGAAGAACAAGAACAAGACAAACGAGAAGAAGAAGAACUAGAAGAAGAAGAGCUAGAAGAAGACCUAGAAGAAGUAGAAGAAAUAGGAGAAUAACUAAAAGAACAAGAAGAACUAGAAGAACAAGAAGAACAAGACAAACUAGACGAACUAGAGGAACAAGACGAACAAGAAGACAAACAAGGAGAACAAGAAGAUCUAGAAGAACAAGAACAAGAAGAACGAAGAACCAGACGAACAAGACGACAAACUAAAAGAGGUACUAGAAGACGAACUAUAAGAAGAGCUAGUAGAAGAACUAGAAUAAGAAUAAGACAAGACAAACAAGAAGAACAAGACGAACUAGAAGAAAAACUAGAAGCAGAACAAGAACAAGACAAACAAGAAGAAGAACUAGAAGAACUAGAAGAAGAAGAAGAAGAAGAAGAAGAGCUAGAAGAAGAAGCCAACACUGACGCCGCGCGCCAAUGUUCUUAUCCGUGGCGGAGCAGGAAGGGGCUAGUUUGCAAUAUAAAGUGAAUCAGGUGUGUGGAGAGAGAUGUCAGCGCUGCCUGCAGGAGCAAAGGUCACCGCCUCUGUACAUGGUGCUGAGGACAGAGGGCCAUCAGACUGGGGCGUGGCAGUGCUGACGUAAGCGGCCGGGAGCAGGAGGAGAGUGAGGAUACGGACGUGACUGAAAGGUCGCGUUCUGCUGGAGAAAACUUUUGGACGUGUAACCCGCUUCUGUCACCUUCCUCCUUCACCGCUUCAUCCGAGCAGGCCGCCAAGUGGCCCCAUAAUGUCACCGUCAUUCCCGCUCAGGCUUUUUUACCGAAGGUGGGCCCUCAGGAAGGAAGGAGUGAGAUGGGAACAAAACGUCCUCGUUUAUCUUCUGUAAGCCAGCGCUAAAAAAGAUUUUGUCUUGACCCGGGAACUACAAAGCGGAGAGAAAGCACGACCUGCCCAAGCAACAGGCACCUGUUCUUUGAACUGUUUUACGACCUUUUCUUUGAACUCUUUUACGACCUUUUCUUUGAACCGAC